UCACUCUAGAAAGCCACUCAUAUUUUGCUACUCUCAUGCAUGCAGCAUGCAAUGUUGUAUCUAUAUAUAUGUGUGCACCCUCCAUUGCUCAUAUCCAAUUCUCCCACUUUCCUCUCCUCUCUCAUAUCCUAACCCAAAUUCAGAAGUGAUGCUUUUCUCUGGAUAUUCAGCAAUGAUCCUUGUUGUGCUUUGUGUGCUCACGAGUUCCCUAAUAAUGGAAGCACAUGCUGGUAACUUCUACCGAGACUGCGAUGUCACCUGGGGCGGUCAGCGCACCAGGUUCCUGCAGGGAGGCCAGAUGCUGACCCUCUCCCUCGACCAGGCUUCGGGCUCUGGCUUCCGGACUAAGAAAGAGUACCUCUUUGGCAGGAUUGACAUGCAGCUCAAGCUCGUGCCCGGCAAUUCAGCUGGCACUGUUACCACAUAUUAUUUAUCUUCUCAAGGACCGACUCAUGAUGAGAUCGACUAUGAGUUCUUGGGGAACCUUUCCGGAAACCCAUACACACUCCACACCAACGUGUUCACCCAGGGGAAAGGGAACCGGGAGCAGCAGUUCCAUCUCUGGUUCGACCCCACCAAGGCCUUCCACACCUACUCAAUCGUCUGGAACCCCCGGCGAAUCAUAUUCUUGGUGGACAACAUCCCAAUUAGGGAAUUCAAGAACGGGGAGUCAAUUGGGGUCCCCUUCCCCACCAAGCAGCCAAUGAGAGUCUACUCUAGCCUUUGGAAUGCCGAUGACUGGGCUACCAUGGGCGGGCUUGUAAAAACCGAUUGGUCGAAGGCCCCCUUCAUAGCCUCCUUCCGGAGCUUCAAUGCCAAUGCCUGCGUUUAUUCUGGCGGGAGAUCAUCCUGUCCUGGCCGGUCAUCUGCGAGAGGAGGGAACGCAUGGAAGACGCAAGCGCUCGAUGCCAAUGGGCGGGAGAAGCUCCGGUGGGUCCAGAGGAACUUCAUGAUCUACAACUACUGCACUGAUCGGAAGCGUUUUCCCAGGGGUCUUCCCACAGAAUGCACCCACUGAAAUCGGAUAGAUCUUUUCCUUCCCGAGUUGCCUAGCUAGUUUGUUGUAACCUGUAAAUAUACUCCGAAGAAUAAUCAUGUGCUUGACAAUUAUUAAUUAUGCAAUUUUUAUUUGAUUUGAGCAAUAUUAUCUAAAUAAAAAACUCUGUUCUUAUUUCACCCACAAAAAA